AACCAUUGUUUUAUGUAACAGAUAUUUGUUUGCGUUUCAAGAAAUGCAAUAAAUUUGACAUUGACAUCCAUAAUAAUCGUUUAUUUGCUUGUUCUCUUAAUGAUAAUUUUAAAAAUGCCAUCUUAAAAUACAUAGUCCUACCUUAUCGCUCAGCGUGAGUAGUAUUUUAUUCUCUUCAGUUAGACGAAAUCGUUUUAUUUUUAUUUUCACGGAAGAACGAGUGUUAGUAGUCUAGCUUUGUGCACCUGUAAUAGAAAAGGAUUUCGGAUUUCGUUCUACGUAAUGGCAUUUCACGCAAUGACUGAAACAAUUCUAUUAGAAAAUAAUACGCUUUACUUUCUAUUUGAAACACUUGACUUUCCUUAUUUUAAGUCAUUUUUUUAUAUUUUUUGUGCAAUAAUUUUUUAGAAAAAAAUCUCAGACAUUUCUGAAAAGUACUCCUGCGAGUAACUGUUGUUAAACAUCCGAAAAAAAAUCACCAUGGCCAACGAAGAGACCUUUGUAUCGUACUUAACCCAUUCAUCGAGUGUAAAUGAAUGUUCCCAUAUUCUUCAAAAUCCCGUAGUCGACCACGGGUCUGUGAACUCAAGUUACAAGACGCAAUUAAUAGAAGAAGUACCUUUAAUGAGCAAGCAAAGAAUCAUAUGGAAUCUUUUUGUACUAAGUUUCAGUUAUCUCAUGUUCCAAACUGGAUUUUGGGGUUUGACCAAUCUUCAGAGCACCAUGAACGCUGCUGGUGGAAUGGGUCCAGAUUCACAAGCUGUGAUUUAUGCCGCAUCAAUGAUUUCUUCUUUGUUUUUACCUGAAAUUACCAUUGAAAACUUCGGCUGCAAAAGGGUACUUAUAUUCACAACAAUUCUAGGACUACCAUAUCUGGCAUCUAAUAUGUAUCUUCGUUGGGAUGUACUGCUGUCAAUGUCUACAUUAUUUGGACUGAUAAGUGGACCUUACAAUGGCGCCUUGACUGUAUACAUUGACGAACUUGCCAUCCGGUACCAGGCCCUGACCAAGCAAGAUUUAGAGUUUGUGGUAGCAGUUUUCUUCGGGGUGUACUCCUGUUUCAUGGAAGGUACCCAGAUAUUCGGCAACGCAAUUUCAUUUAUCGUAAUAAGUGAAAGACAUGUCAUACCCAGGAACUUAACUGAUAAUAAUACUCUACCUUUAAAGUGUGGCAUUGAUUUUGAUGCCCAUGGUAAUGUGACCAAUUCCAAUUUAGAAGUUCCACCUGAACAUGAAAGGAUAGUGUUGGUGUGUACCUAUGUAGGUAUGGGUUUAUUUAGCGUUCUUUUAUUGUGCUGUUUCUUAGACCCUCUGAAAAAUGAUAUCAAAGAGGGUAGUGGGUGGAAAUCUGCAUGUCAUCGCUUUUUAGCAGCUAUUAAGCAUGUUGGCAAUCCACAUCAAAUCCUGCUAAUACCAAUCACCAUACUAAUAGGAAUAGAAAGUGCUCUAUAUUCUAAUGAAUUUACUGAGGCAUACAUAGCUUGCUCUUGGGGUGUUCAUCAUGUCGGUUUUGUCACCAUCUGUUUCGGCGUCUGCGGUGCAAUCAUGUCUCUACUUGUGGGACCCUUGGUGAAAUAUAUCUCUCAGAUGGCCGUCCUGAUUUUAGCAGCGUGUGCUAAUAUAGGUAUUUGUGUGCUGUUAUUCCUGUGGGAUCCGACGCCAGAGACAACUAGCAUUUACUUCAUCAUAGCAGGAGUUUGGGGAAUGGGUGAUGCCAUUUGGUGGUCACAAAUAUCAGCUCUCUACGGAUUGAUGUUUCCAAACGAUAGAGAAGCCGCCUUUUCCAAUUUAUAUUUCUGGAGUUUUCUUGGAUUCUUCCUAAGUUACUCAUACGCCAAUUACCUUUCUGUUGCUGUCAAAAUAAACAUCCUGAUGGCAUUCCUACUAACAGGAAUGGCCUGUUACUUGGUUGGCCAGAUAAAAAUUAAAUGUUCUGCUCGGAAAGAGUACAUUCACAUCGAAAAUGGUAAUCAAUGAUAUUAAACACUUUAGAAUCUCAGAAUGGAUGCUUAUCGUCAUUCCUGUACAUAAAAAUAGAACUUGUACAUAAAUAUACCCAGUGUGAUAAUGGUGGGAACGAAAAUUGAUUACCUAUUUGUUCCCUGUAUUUUGUGAUUAUGCUUUCAACAUGGAAUGCUUUAGUUUCAAAAUAUGCCUGUAGAAUUGUUGUUUUUCUAAUUUUUAAAUUUUAAGAAAUUUUUGUGACUGUUUUUUUUUUUAAAUUUCAUAUUUUUCCUGGAGUGAAAUUUUUUUUAUUUGUAUUUUUAAUGUUAUAGAUUAUCUACAAAUUGUAUUAAAGUAAUCUUUGCAAAGCUUAAUAUUAGUAGGGUAAAAUUAUUUAUUUUCAAAAUAUUUGCUUGAUAUGUUGUAUUAAAAAAUAUUGUUUAAAAAUGAGAAAAAAAAAUUUAAACGUGUUUUCAGAUUCUUUAUCUAAUUACGUUUUUAAAUUAAAUGUGAUACAUCACGUUGUAA